GGCCCCUUUAAGAAAUAUGACACCGCGCACAUUGAGCAUGCGCACUGCGCAGAAGAGUGAAGCGCGAUAGUAUUUAGAGCUUUGUUUUCCUUCUUCUCUCUCUCUUUCUGUUGUUUCCUUUGACGCUGCUAUGAAUGUUACCGUCGAACACUUUGUGAUCCACUGUAAGUGUAUAUUAUGUUAAAAUUCUUGAUAAUGCAAUUAAAAAGAGAGAAAGACACGAGACAAGAGCUGAAACUUUCACCAGUUGAGGCUGAAAGUGACGCUGUUAACGAUCAUGAAUGAAGAGCAAAUGUGAAAUAUAUGCCGCAUAUUUCCAGUCUGCAGAUCUGGUCCUGUGUGACUGUUAAAGAUGGAGUUCAUUAAAGAGGAGAUUAAAGAGGAGAUGGAGUUUAUUAAAGAGGAGAUGGAGUUUAUUAAAGUGGAAAUUGAAGACAUGACUGAUCCAGAAGCAUCCAGGAUAAAACAUGAAGAUACUGAGGAACAAAUAGACCAGAUGGAAGUGAAGGAGCAAAGACAGAAACUAAAUGACGUGAAGAAACACUGCGACUUCAAAACUCAAGAAACAAAAGCCAAAAAGCUGCACUCCUGCUCUCAGUGUGGAAAGAGUUUCAGUGCAAAAGGAGACCUUAACAGACAUUUGAAAAUUCACACUGGAGAGAAACUGUAUCCAUGCACUCAGUGUGAGAAGAGUUUUACUAAUGCUACAGCUCUCAAGUAUCAUCAGCACGUUCACACUGGAGAAAAACCAUUCAACUGUGAUCAGUGUGGUAAAGAUUUUAUUUCAUCAUCACAACUAAAACGACACCUGAAAAUUCAUUCAGAUGUGAAGCCUUAUGUGUGUUCUCUCUGUGGAAAGAGUUUCAGAGGAAAAGGAGACCUUAACACACACAUGAGAAUUCACACUGGAGAGAAACCGUAUCCAUGCACUCAGUGUGAGAAGAGUUUUACUCGUGCGUCAGCUCUCAGUUAUCAUCUACACGUUCACUCUGGAGAAAAACCAUUCAACUGUGAUCAGUGUGGUAAAGAUUUUAGUUCAUCAUCACAACUAAAACAACACCUGAAAGUUCAUUCAGAUGUGAAGCCUUAUGUGUGUUCUCUCUGUGGAAAGAGUUUUUCAUGGCUGAAAAGUUUUAAACUGCACCAGAAAAUACACAAUGAAGUGAGAGAUCAUGUGUGUUGUGACUGUGGGAAGAGAUUUAUUACAUCUCAUAAUCUGAAACAGCACCGAAGAAUUCAUACUGGAGAAAAACCUUACAAGUGCUCAUACUGUGACAAGAGUUUCACUCAUUCUGGAUCCCUGAAACAACAUGAGCAAGUUCACUCUGGAAAGAAGCCGUACCACUGCUCUGAGUGUGGAAAAGGUUUUACUUCAACAUCAUGUCUCAAAAUACACCUAACUUUUCAUACAGGUGUUAAACCUCACUUGUGUUCUCUCUGUGGAAAGAGUUUCAGAGGAAAAGGAAGCCUUAACACACACAUGAGAAUUCACACUGGAGAGAAACCGUAUCCAUGCACUCAGUGUGAGAAGAGUUUCACUGUAGUAUCAGCUCUCAAGCGUCAUCUGCACGUUCACUCUGGAGAAAAACCAUUCAACUGUGAUCAGUGUGGUAAAGAUUUUAUUUCGUUGUCAAAUCUAAAUUCACACCUGAAAGUUCAUUCAGAUAAGAAGCCUCAUGUGUGUUCUCUCUGUGGAAAGAGUUUUUCAUGGCUGAAUAGUUUUAAACGGCACCAGACAACACAUAAUGAACUGAGAGAUCGUGUGUUGUGACUGUGGGAAGAGCUUAACUAUAUCUAGUCACCUGAAACAGCACCAAAUAAUUCAUACUGGAGAAAAACCUUACAAGUGCUCAUACUGUGACGAGUUUUGUUCAGUCUGGAUCUCUGAUAAACACCGGACGCGAAUAGCACGUCUUUGUUAAAGCCUUACUUUCCAGUUAGACUAAAGAUUAGCUUUCCUUGAGAGAAAGAAGGCAUUAUCUUGAUGUGAUGUUUUGAGACGACUCUCCUGUAUAUAGUUAGAGCCUGGCCAAAUUCAACCUUGGAAAAGCAGUGUGUCGGUGUGUGUGUUGGUCUUUUUGGUUGCAGGUUAAGGAACCACUGCCAUUAUCGGAGAUUGACUGAUUUGUUGUUCUGGACACACUGGCGCCAACAACCCAAAUCUGUGACCUGGAAGGUCAUGACGAGCCUCUGAGUGUCAGCUGCAUAAUCGAUAGAGAUCUGUUUCGUCUAUCUGUAAAUGUGUGGAAAAUUACUGUUUAUCUAUUUCUUGGCCAAUGAGAAUCAUUUAACGUGUAAGCAAUGACGUAGCUUAGACCUUGGAAAUGGUAUAACUGCUGUGAUCUUUGUAACUGGAAGAGAGACGGCCUACGAACUCCUGUGAGAGUCCUGAAGCUGAUGAAACUGCUAACUACAUUAAGUAAAACUUUUUUUUUUUUUUU